AUGUCUGAGGAUGCAAAGGGUUAUACGUUCUCGUUGAAAGUGACGAUUGAUAAAGAGAGAAACAAAGUACUUUUUGCAACAGCCGACCGCCAUUUUGUAGACAUUUUGUUGAGCUUCUUGACUUUGCCUUUGGGAAGAAUUAUCAAAGUGUUGAAGCAGCAUUAUGGAGAUGAGCUGCCUUCCAUUGGAAGCUUAAGCACUUUGUAUCGUAGCUUAUCGAAUCUCGAUAGCUCCCAUUUUGUGACGGACAGUGCUAAGCAGAAUCUGCUCAAUCCAACCACUUCAUUUGAAGAUGAUUACACAAGGCUCAAACUUGAUAUCACUGAUUCUCAGCCUGCUCAAUAUUUCUAUUGUUUAUACAAGUGUCGUUGUAAUACUAGAUUUCGUAGUGUAAGCAUGUACUAUCAUAAUGUCAUGUAUUGCAAAUUUUGUGAGUCUAAAAUGGCAACUGAAGUAGCUAAGAAAGUGUCUAGAGCUGGUUCUAGUGACGGAGUCUGGACUACACGAACAACAUAUUUCACAAUCCUUGACGAUCUGCAAAUAUUUCCAAAUGAGAUUGGACUCGUAAGAAUCAUGACCCUUCUAGGCAUCACACGCGUGAAUCAGGCGGAGAUCAUCAAGUUGUUGAUGGCAUCCUUGACGUCGCCAACUCCAUUGUCGGACGUCAUCCUAAACAAAACAACACUUGUCGAUUCUCCAAGUUUUACAUUGCAUGAAAUAUCAGAGGAAGAAAACCCCAAGUCUAGUAGUGUAAGUUUGAAAGUGGUGAUACAAAAAUCAAGUGGAAAGUUGUUAUAUGCUCAAGCUAAGGAAGAUUUCGUCGAGUUUCUGUUUAGUUUCUUCAACAUACCGAUAGGAGGAGCCGAGUACCUCAUGGGAGGUAAGGCUUGUGUUAAGGCCAUAGACAACUUGUAUCGUAGCACGGCUGAAGUUAUAGGUGACAAGUAUUUCAAGUCAACAGAUGCCAAAAACAAGCUUAUGAAUCCCAAGUUGCCUCAUGGUUGUAUCUCUGAAAACCAGAUUCUUCCUCUUGUUGAAGAAUGCUUACCUGCCAACUACACUAAUGAUCUCUCAGUUUUUUCUUCUGUAAACUUUCCAAAAGGGAAAGGGUGUUAUCUUGAGGGACCAAUGAAUUAUCAUGUGACUGAUGAUUUAACCGUGACGCCUUUUUGUAAUGUCUCUGUUCUGUCCAGUCUUACUAGCCUGAAGAUGCCGAUAUCUGAUGUCGAAGAAAGGGAGAUGCAAAUUGGAUUCAAAGAGGGUUUGAGCAUACUGAAAGCCUCUCUUACAUCCACUUCUGCUCUUACCGAUGCUUUGCUCACUCAAAUUUCCAACAAACGAAUGAAACAAGAAGUCUGA